AGUUAUUAGGGUUAAAUCUUAACUCUGUUCCAGGAAAUCCUUCUUGCACCUUGAAAAAAGAAGAGUCUACUCUAGUAUUAUGUGACAAUAAUACAAGCACACCCAUAACUGUCGCACCUA